UUCCUUGCGACAGGGGACUGUUAGAGGAACGGCCACUUCGACCAGAAACUGAAGCAAUGAUUCCAAAGGGAUUUGUGCAUCUCAAUGAUUUUGGCCAGAUUGUUGGUCUGCUGUCCGCUCUCAAUGUUCUGUCUGUGGCCAAACUGGUGACAGUGCCGGAGAAUUACGAGGGUGAAUUUCCAUGGUUCCUGACAAGGAUUGAUCUCGGCGUUUCUGAGGAAUCGAGGCUGGAGCUGGUCGAUGAUUACAAUGGAACCUUUGGGAUUGAAAACCAUCUUUUGCUCUUCACUCUUCAGUCAUUUGAUCGUGAGGAGCAGUCCAUGUACGAGCUGAAGGUCAAUGUUACAGAUGAUGAAGGGAGACAACUUGGUGAUCCGAUUUCCAUUAGGAUCAUUGUCACUGACAGGAAUGACAAUGCUCCAGAGUUUGUACAGGAGGCAUUUUCAGCGCAAAUUCACCAGGGAGCACAUGCAGGAUACAGGAUACUGUCUGCAGCAGCUAUUGACCUUGAUGACCCACUCCUGCCUAGCAGUGACCUGCGCUACAAAAUCCUCCAGCAAAUUCCAGCACAGCCCUCAGACAGAAUGUUCCAGAUUGAUCCUUGGAAUGGUGACAUCUCACUAACUGCAGAAGGAGCUGAAUCGUUGGCCCUCGGUUUGGUUGACCGAUACAUCCUGACCGUUCAGGUCAAAGAUAUGGGAGAUCAACCCCAGGGCCACUACACGCGCGGGGAAGUCGCCAUCACUGUUACAGAUAAUCUGUGGCUUCCUCCUAGUCCGGUCGCAGUCCGGGAAAACCAUCAAGGGCCUUAUCCCCUGGCUGUCACAAAGGUUCAAUGGAACAAUGAUGAAGUGAAAUACAGGCUGCAGGUCAAACCACCCUCUCCUGAAGGCCCUUUCCUCAUUGAUGGAGAAGGUCAGAUCUUUUUAACUCAACCACUGGACCGGGAACAAGAAGCAGAGUACUUGCUGCUGAUAUCUGCAGAGGGUUCUGACGGAGAGCUCCUCGCUGAGCCGUUGGAGUUGAGAAUGUUGGUGACCGAUGACAAUGACAACACGCCUGAGUGUAUCCCUGAGAGUUACCAGGCAACUGUCCGAGAGCAACAGGUUCAAGGUUCACAGCUAAUCACCCUGACAGCAGCCGAUCGGGAUGAUCCCAGGACUGACAAUGCACGUCUUUACUUCCAACUCCACAGCCAGGAGCCUCGCGGUGAUGGCAAGCUGCUGUUUACAGUCAAUGCAAAUGGGACGUUAACACUGGCCAACGACAUGAUCAACUACACGUCACUGAAGUACCAGCUGGAGGUGCUGGUGGCGGAUCUUGCUGGAUUGUCAAGUACCUGUUCAGUGACUGUCCAUGUCGAAGAGGUGAAUGACAAUGUGCCAGUAUUCCCUCAGAGACAGUUUGGCCCGUUCACUGUUGCUGAGGACACUGACAUUGGGAAUGUGAUCACCACCAUCAAUGUGUCCGACACUGAUUAUCCAGUCACCAGCAGCUGGCUUGUUGUUUACACUAUCGAGGCUGGGAAUGAUGAACACCGAUUUGGAAUUUCCCAAGACGAACACAGUAACACUGGCAGCCUUUUAUUAUAUAAGGCUCUGGAUUAUGAGGAAGUGAAUGACCACAGGCUGGUUGUCUCAGUCAGAAACCAGGCAGAGCUGCUCGGGGCUCAGUAUGGGCCGAGUUCCACUGCCACCAUCUUCAUCAGGGUGCAAGAUGUCAAUGAAGCUCCAACCCUUCCUCAGAGCCAGUAUGAGGUGAUGGUUCCCAAGGACGCUCAGCCAGGCCAUGUCUUACUGCACCUAGAGGCACACGACCCAGACACAGCGCCCACUCCAGUUAGGUACUGCCUUGGGAAUGAGACAGUCAAAUGGCUCUGGGUGAAUCCUGACUCCGGGGACGUGACUCUCCUGUCGGGAGACCCAGCAGGAGGGACCCACCUGUUGGAGGUGAUGGCGGAAGAUGGAGAUGAUCCUUCCUUAUAUACCAGAGCAUGGCUGAUGAUUCAUAUUGAAGACAUCCAUGAAGAUCUACUGUCCCCUGUUCUGCAACAUUCUGGAGAUUUCCUGUGUAUGCCACAAAGAGAUGGGCAAUCGAUCGCCAUCAAUGCUGUGUAUCGCCAAGAAAGAGGAAGCAGAAAUCCCAUCAGCCUCUCCAUUGAUGGCAAAGAAAAGGAGCAAAGGAACUGGAAACUCCAUCAGGCCAAUGACUCACAUGCCUCUCUGACUAUUGCCCUGAGUUGGGUAGAUCCAGGGGUGUACCAGAUCCCGAUCAUCCUCACUGAGAAAGGGGAUCCCCACAAGCAUCACAGAGAUAGUCUAACAGUGAGUAUUUGUCCUUGCAAUUCCAGAGGGGAAUGCAGGCUUGAGGUGGAGCCUGUUCCAGGGAAACCCACCAUUCUGACAACUGUGGGCACCAUUGUUGGCACCUUAGGAGCAAUUGGUUUUUUCCUGAGCAUUGCCCUUCUGUACUUGGCUGUAACAGGCAAGCAGCACCAGAAGAGGAAACGCAAUGUCAGCUCCGAGUCUGCGCGGUUUCACUCCGCGGUGUAACGUGGUCUUGCUCAGAAUCACCAUCAACAACCGAUCAGAUUGAUUGACUUCAACAGCCCAUUGAACAUGUGCAGAGAACAAGCUGGAUCUACAUGUACUUUGAGCUUUUUCAUUGAUCACCAGAAUUUUGAAUCAUGUUUUGUUAACCAUUGAGUGUAGUGUGGCAGUAACAGGGAAUUAUACAAUUUAGGACAAAUAGAAUUUGUUUAAUCGGUUAAUUAUAGGAAAUUCAGAGUUUGUUAAACAUUGAUCUUAACUGAACUUAUUUUAAACUUUAUAAAAACUGGAAGAACUGCUGAUGCUGUAAAUCAGGAACAAAAACAGAAGUUGCUGGAAAAGCUCAGCAGGUCUGGCAGCAUCUGUGGAGAGAAAUCAUUGUUAAUGUUUCAGGUUGAGUGACCCUUUCUCAGAACCCAGAGUUAACUCUUGAUUUUUCUCCACAGAUGCUGCCAGACAUGCCGAGCUUUUCCAUCAAUGGUUGCUUUUGUUGCUUUAAACUCUAUUAAUGUGUAAGCAGUGUAGAACUAGACAGAGUGUGACACAGGCACUCAGUACCACACUUGUGAAUUCACUCUGAUUCUCGGUGUGUUAACCACAAUCAGAGUUACCAGAGGAAACAUCUCAGCCUUAAUGCCCACAACCCCACCUCCUCUCACAGCCCCAUUAACUUUCAGAAAUGAAUACCAUGCAUUUGGGCAAAUCUCCAUUCCAUAUCUAGAAUGAUGUAAUGAACCCUCUUCUAGUUUCUGUUUGAAGCAGUGCUGUAGGCAUGAGGGUAGCGACCAUGAUCUUGUACUUCCCUGACAAUGUAAAAUAUCUGAUCCCAUCUUCAAACUGAGCCUAGGCUCCUCUCUGGAGAGGGGAUGGCCUCGCGGUAUUAUCAUGCAACUCUUAAUCCAGAGAUCAUGGGAUUUCAAUUCAAUAAAAAUGUGGAAUUCAGAGUCUAAUGAUGACCAUGAAACUAUUGCUGAUUAUCAGGAAGAAGCCAUCAUGCCCUUUAGAGAAGGAAACUGCUAACCUUACCUGGUCUGGCCUACAUGUGACUCCAAACCCACAGCAUUUUUGAUUGACCCUUCACUGCACUCUAGAUAAUAAAUGCUGGUCCAGUCAGUGACACUCACAUCCUGUGAAAGAAUAAAAAAAACCUCAAUGUUCCAACACUCUCCUGGCUGACCCCAGUACAAAAUCCCAACCCCACCCCAGUAUAGACCUCCGUCCCAACCAGUCCUUUACAGGCUCCCACUACCCUGCUUGGAGAGUUAGCCUGCUUUUUGUUUUCAGUUACUGAGGAUUCAGUGUCAUUCACACAUCAUCAGGCAUUUGGUCAAACUGCCAAAAAUCUCCCAACUGUUAAAAGUUCCCUGAUCUCCGGUCACAUGUUAUCUUCCUCCCACCAACACUGCUCCUCCAAUCAGAGAUUCCAUCUCUGACAUUUUAUAAAAUAUUUCCUUUGGCUCUGAAGGUCAGGAUGGAGACAUAGAACGCUAACAGCAGAAGACAGACUGGCCCAUCAGGAUUGCUCCUCGCUUUGCAGUGACCGAACUCCCAUCCUCCCCCACUCCUGGGAAAACAAACAAGGGUAAAAGAGAGGAAUUAACAAGAGUAGUCAGGGAAAAUACACUCUGGAGGCUGUAACCAGGUCUGUGCAAAACACAAUCAAGCCCGAGUCCAGCUGGCUCAUAGACAGGAGAUGAGCUUAACUGUGUACAGAGAUGCAUAUCCAUUAUCUCCUGAGCAGUGCAGUUCGUCAAAAUCGUCCGUUUCUGGCUCACAACCUUCCUUAUGCCAGGAAAAUCUCUCACUACAUUGUCCCUAAUUACCAAUAUCCUCCAUGUUGUAGUAUACCAAAGGAAUAAGGUUGUAUCUAAUGGAUGUGGAACACUGGAGAUGAUAUAUUGGUGGGUAGUAUAUUCAGAUGUUAGAGAUUAAUGGUAUGACCUUGUAGCCAUUACAUAGUUACAAGGUGAUCAAAUAUUCAGGUGUUCAUGACUUUUCAAAAGGUCAGACAGGAAGGAGAGGCUGGUAGGGCAGCUUUGUUAGUAUGAGAUGGAAUAAGUAUGAUGGCAAGAAAUGAUCUUAGAUCAGAAGAUGUCGAAUCCAUGUGUGUGGAGCUAAGAAAUAACAAGGGGAGAGAAGACGCUGAUGGGAUCGUGUGUAGGCCCCCUCAUAGUUGCUGCUGUGCAGGACAGGGAAUAAAUUAGGACAUAGCAUGGGCAUCUAACAAAGGAAGUGCAUUAAUUAUUGGUUAUUGAGGGUGGUUGGCUUGCCGAGCUGGUUUGUUGUUCCGCUGACAUUUCAUUACCAUGCUGGGUCAUCAACAGUGCAGCCUCUGAAACGUUGGUGUGUUUUCCUGCCUGGUAUUUAAACUCUGGGGUCCAUUGCGAUGGAUUGCCUCACUUCCGGGUUUCCUCCGUAGUGGAAUGUAUAUGGGGUCAAGUUCAAUGUGUUUAUUAAUAGCAUGCUUCCAGGAAUUCUUCUGCUUGUCUCUGCCUAGCCUGUUGCAGGAUCUUGGUGUUGUCCCAGUUGAAUUGGUGGUUCUCCUUGUCCACGUGGAUUGAGAUGAGUGAGUACUGGUCGUGUCUUUUUGUAGCCAGUUUGUGUUUAUGUACUUUUGUUGUUAGUUUCGAUGUUUGUCCGAUGUAGUGUUUCUCACAGUCUCUGUAGGGGAUAUUUUAGAUGACACUGGUCCUGUCCAUGGCGGGGAGUGGGUCUUUAAAUCGGGUGAGCACUUGUUGUAGGGUUGAAGAGGGCUUAUGUGCCACUCUGAUGCCCAGUGGUCGUCGAAGUCUAAUGGUGAGUUCUGACGUGUUCCUGAUGUAGAGUAGUGUGGUGAGUGUGUCGGGGCGCAAGCCCACAUCAACCCUACAACAACUGCUUGCCUGAAG